GCUGCCAGUGACUGCAAAAAGAGCAGCUUUGUGUUUCAAACAACUGCAUACUGCAGCAGUGUAUUAGUACUGCACAAUACAUCCCACACGGUACAGGCGGUAGAUUGUGGUGGUGGCGGCGGCUACUACAUAGUAAAUCCAAAGGUCAUCCAGAAAAAUGCUGUUGCCAACAAUUGUCUAAUGAGACUACUGAGGUUGUCGGGGACAUUAAACGUCAUGAAGCCAAACAGGCUUGAAGCUGGUCACUAUUCACUGCCAUUAUAUGGAGACACGACACAGGACAAUUUCUCCUUUUGUAGUCUGACAAAGAAAGAAAGUCAUACGCUAUUAGAAAAACACCAGGGCUCCAAGGGGGAUGGACGCUGCUGUCCGUGCCUGAGGUGAAGGCCCCUCACUGGGCAGAGGAUGCAGCAGCAGUGGGGUUGGAGGUCUGGUGCUGUUGCUGGUGUCCUGCUGAACAAAAGUGUCAGCAAUGCAGAAGCAGCCAGCAAUGGUGCUUCCUGGAGCCGUUCAGAUGAGGAUCAAGAGCUCUCAAAGCAACACUGGCGAGAGACUCAGCCAGACAAAGUCUAUGGUCUUACCAGAGCCUGACACACUACAGAAACCUAUCAACCGCCACCGGAGGAACCAGUCUCAGCAUAACAUUGAUGGUUCUGUUGGGCCGCAGACUGUAUUAAAAGGAGAAUAUUUGAACAAAGCCAAAAUUGCUGAAGGAGGAAAGAAAUUACGGAAAAACUGGACUUCAACCUGGGUUGUACUUUGCUCCAAUCAACUAUUAUUCUAUAAAGAGAGCAAACAAGAAGCUGUGGCAAAUUUGAAACCAGGUGGUAAAGCAGAUGGCGUGGAUCUGUGUGGGGCUGUAAUCGAGUGGACAACAGAGAAAUCCAGUCGAAAGAACGUGAUUCAGAUAACCACCCCAACUGGUCAUGAGUUUUUGCUGCAGGCAGAUCACUUCCCAACCAUCUGUAAAUGGCAUGAUGCCAUCAAGAAAGCAGUGGACAGUCUGUCGAGUGGAGCUGGAGGCCAGAGCUGUGGUAGAGCGGCCCUACACAGAUCCAACAGUACAGAAUGUGUCCCCAGACCAACCUGUGAACCCUCCAAACCUAAACCAAAAGAGACCAAGUCUGAACACAGACGCUCCAUCAUGUUCAAGCUGAAUUACAGCGCCUCAGACAGCGCGGACAAGAAUGGAGUUAAGAACAGACUGAAGAAGUUCAUCUCCAGACGGCCCUCCAUGAAAACGCUACAGGAAAAAGGCCUUAUUAAAGACCGAGUGUUUGGAUGUCACAUGUUGACCCUGUGCGAGAGAGAAAAGACCACUGUGCCCAGAUUUGUCAAAUUGUGUGUGGAGGAAGUAGAAAAACGAGGCCUAGAGGCUGAUGGGAUAUACAGGGUGAGUGGCAAUUUGGCCAUUAUCCAGAAACUACGCUUCCUAGUUGACCAAGAGGAGGAGCUUGACUUGGGCGACAGCCAAUGGGAGGACAUCCAUGUCAUCACCGGAGCGCUAAAGAUGUUUUUCCGUGAACUGCCAGAGCCCCUGUUUCCUUUUCGCUUUUUUGACUUGUUUGUGGAAGCCACUAAAAUUAGGGAGCCCACACAGAAGGUUCAAGCCAUGAAGAAACUGAUCCAUCAACUCCCCAAACCCAACCACAACACCAUGAAACUGCUCUUCAACCACCUGAGGAGAGUCUUGACGAAGUCACAGAAAAACUUAAUGUCAACCCAGGGCAUCAGCAUUGUGUUUGGACCGACUCUCAUGUGGCCCGAGUUUGAAUUAGGAAACAUGGAAGUCAAUAUGGUGUACCAGAACCAAAUAGUGGAGUCCAUUCUCAUUGGAUGUGUGGAGAUCUUUGGACCAGACGGCAAGUAAAGUGACCCCAGAGUAUUCUGGAAAGAGACUACAAAAAAAAAAAGAAAAAAAAAGUUGGCUGGCUAGAUGUAAAAUUGUUUCUUGCUCAUGAUGAUAUUUUUGCCAUUUGAAAAAGAUUUUUAACAGUCACAUUUAUACUUUUUAUAUAUAAAUUUAUAAUUUUAUUUUUGUAUAAUGCAAAUUUCACAUUGUAUCAUACCUCAAAACAUCAUUGACAAAGUUGAAAAGCUGUAUAUUUGUAAUGAUAGAAAUGGUAGCCUGUCACAAGAAAUAAAACAUUUUUGUAAAUGGGUUUUGUAUACUGAUUUUAAUUUUGGCUGUAAGCAAUUUUAUUUUAUUUUUUAUUUUUUUUUGUGAAACUUUUAUUUGGCAGAAACCUGAGAUGAUAAACCACAUCUUGUGGUUAUUUUUUAGCAGCGAAGACUUGCUGUUGCAACAGGUAUUUGCUUUAUUGCAAAUAAUAUGCGAUGCUGUGUUUUUUUCAAUGGUAGAUAUGUACAUGUAUUUGGUUGUUUUUAAGUAAAACUAUUUUCCAUUAAAAAAGUAAAAAAUAUA